AAGUCUCAAAUGCGAAUAUCAAACGGCGGAGUGUCAGAAUUGUAUGUAGGUGGAAUUUUAUUGUUGGAAAGGGAGCACGAGCGAUCGUUUGCGGUUCUUUUUUGUAGUGUGCCUCAUCUGCCGGAAUUAAAACUCCGGAGGACAUGAAGCCUUGAUUUCGGAAUCGUGCACUUUUUGUUUACCUUUUCCCCUUUUGUUGAUGCGGCUUUUUUUUUGACGGAGGAAUCAGUUGUGUCUGAAAACAUGAAUCAUUUGGGGACUAUGUACGCGACGAAGCGAAGGAGGCGAAAUAGUAAAAGCGUACGGGUUCCUCCAAAAGAUGGACAGACGAAAUCAAAUCCUAGUAAACGGCAUCGUGAGCGACUCAACGCUGAACUGGACACUUUAGCUAGUCUUCUUCCCUUUGAACAGAGUGUAUUAUCUAAACUGGACAAACUAUCAAUACUCAGAUUAAGUGUUAGUUACUUGAGGACGAAAAGCUAUUUUCAAGUAGCUUUGAGAAGGGAAAAAGAGCCUCAAAUUCCUGAUGUUAAACCACGAGACAUAUUGUACUCUUCGGAGAUGCUAAUGGAAGGAGAUCUAAUUUUACAGGCACUAAAUGGAUUUUUGAUGAUCCUGACGUGUGACGGAGAAGUAUUUUAUACGUCUCAUACAGUCGAAACUUACUUGGGCUUUCAUCAGAGUGAUAUCUGCCACCAAAGUGUCUACGAGCUAGUUCAUUCCGAAGAUCGGGAAGAAUUGCAGCGGCAUUUAAUGUGGAAUUCCCACUUACCUGCAGAAAGGACGGACUUAAAUCUGCAGCAAGCUCUAUCGCCAGAAAACUCACACCUACUAGAAAGAAAUUUCACGGUUCGGUUUCGAUGCCUUCUUGACAAUACAUCUGGUUUUUUGAGAUUGGACAUUCGAGGCCGUAUAAAAAUAUUGCAUGGGCAAAAUCAGAAAACAGAAGAGCCCCCAUUAGCGUUGUUUGCAGUGUGUACCCCAUUCGGGCCUCCGUCGUUGCUGGAAAUGCCACAAAAAGACUCCAUGUUCAAAAGCAAACACAAACUUGAUUUGUCUCUAGUCUCUAUGGAUGCGAGGGGUAAGCAACUUUUAGGCUAUGCUGAUUCUGAGAUAACGAACAAAGGAGGUUAUGACCUAGUCCACUAUGAUGAUCUAGCUUAUGUUGCUAGCGCUCAUCAAGAAUUGCUCAAAACCGGUGCUUCUGGACUAAUAGCUUAUAGGCUUGUAGGCAAAGAUGGUAAAUUUCAGUGGCUUCAAACCAGUGCAAGACUUGUUUACAAAAACAGCAAACCUGAUUUCAUUCUAUGUACGCAUAGACCUCUAAUGGAAGAAGAAGGAAGAGACCUGCUCGGAAAACGCACAAUGGAUUUUAAAGUAACUUAUUUAGACAGUGGCCUGGCCUCUAUGAAUGAUAGAAGUGGAAUGCUCGCAGACAGCGACUUCAUUAUGCGUUGUCAAAGGAAUCGGCGGUAUAAAUCUCAAAUACGUGACCUAUUAUCAGCAUCUUGUAGGAAGCGAAAAGUUCCAGGGACUGAUCCAUACUUGGAAGAAGCUACCUAUAACAAUAUGUAUACGUAUACCCCAGCUGACAAUAUGAAUGGACUCUCGCCUUACGUAGCAGCAGCAACUGCAAUGCCACAAAACAUAUUCACAGCAGCAAUAGAUAAUUCAAGAUUUUUGUCGGCAGAAAACUUUCUUCAUUACAGACAUCUGGGUGGUUAUUACCCAGAUUACAGUCAUCAUACCCAGUACCCCAGCAAUGGCUUUUUGGACAUGGCCUCUGCAACAGCAAGGUCGUGCUUCCCAACGUAUCAAGACGGAACGCAACUAACCAAAGAAGAGAAAUACUAUCCAUGCCAGUUGGAUGGCACACCGAAAUUCAAUGGCGAUGCACACAGCCAACAGAGACUGGUUCAGCAAGUAGGAGGAGUGUCAAGUAGUAAACCAUCAUGUUGUGAACCUUACGCUGUACCAAACACAGAAUCUAGCGCUUCUUUGCGAGGUUGCCUCAUGAGUGCAACUAGUGCAGGAAUACAGCCUUUGCUAUCCAGUUUAGAUAGAGAACCUAAAUUAGGGGAUUUGGGCUGUCACAAUUUAAGUUUUUCAAUACCAACUGUAUCUUCUGACUGUAUCAAUGUUAUUAAACCAAAAACAUCCCCACUGCAGCCACAUCUCAGGGAUUCACCCCAUCUCGUUUCGUCCAAAGACAACAAAAACACUCCAGACUAUGUAUCAGCAUUUACAAAUGACACUAGGCAAAGUGUUCUCAUGUGGGGAAAUUCACUCACGAGGCAAUCUGCAGGACAUCACAUGACGGGGUCCAUAUUUGAUACCAAACUCUGCAAAUAUAGCGGCCAUUUAGACCCAAGCGGGAAACCUACAGAUUUACUAGGAGCUCCUACCGGGACUACUUGCAAAUGGAGUGGUAACGCCACUACGCCAAAGUCAUCAUCACCCCCAUAACAGCACAAGUCCAGCCAGUGGGAAAGUGGCCCCAUCAGUAAGUUAUGGUACAACCACUUAUCAUCCAGAUAUCGCACACGAGCUAGCACUGGUGAAGAGCGAAGUUGGGCGACCUGUCUCUCAGAGGCACAUCGGUAACCCUUUGCUAUCGAUAUCUGAAGUCACUAACACACUUCUCAACCACGAGUAGAUUGAACUGGACC